AUGGAAGCUCAAUUCCUCACCGCAGGCAUAACUGCAGAUGACACAAGAUAUAAUUAUGUGAUACAAUGCCUUGACGACGACUUUUUGUCUUCCGAAGUUAGCGAUAUCAUACUCAAUCCGCCCGUGAUGGAUAGCGCCGAAAAGAAACUGCGUAGAUUAUUAAACGAGAUUGACCUAGGUGAUCGCCGCCCGUCGCAUGCUAUCUUGUUUAUGCGAGAUCUCGCGCAAAAUGGCGCAUCAGAAGAGGUGCUCAAAUCCUUAUGGCUACAACGCUUACCACAACAAGUGCAGGGUAUACUAGCGUCUAGCAAGCACGAACUCGAAGAGCUAUCGCAACUAGCAGACCGAAUAACGGACGUGCUAUCCACCGGCGUUAAUGCCGUCGCAACGGUUGCGCCGACGAAAACUAGUUCGGUAGAUCCGCAAAUAUCCGCGCUUAUAGAUCGGGUAGAUAAAUUGGUAGUUCAUUUAUCGCGUGACAGAUCACGGGCCUCGCGAAAUUCUCGCAGAAGCCGUUCAAGGUCACAAUCUAAGAACAAGCCGUGCUGGUAUCAUCGACGUUUCGGCGGUAACGCAGUCAAGUGUACGCAACCCUGCAGCUGGAAGCCGAAAGAAUCAACGGAACAGGAAAACUAG